GAGAGAGAGAGAGAGAGAGAGAGAGAGAGAGAGAGAGAGAGAGAGAGAGAGAGAAUGGCGUGUCUCUGUCUCUAUGGGUCAGUUCCGAGAAUUAUUCCGAUUCAUAAAGCCAUUUUCUUUUCUAACUCAAGAAGCUCUUCUUCCCGGCGAUUCACACCCUGUUGCAGAGAGAGCACAAGAGACGAUCCUCUCUCAAGCUCUUCGCCGUACGCUGUACUGGGAGUAGAACCCAGUUGCUCAUUUUCCGAACUGAAAGCAGCUUUUCGCGCCAAAGUGAAACAGUAUCAUCCUGAUGUGAACAGAGAUGGAAGCAACUCCGACAUUAUGAUCCGUCAGAUUAUCAAAGCUUAUGAGAUGUUAACGAACUAUAGCCGGUCAGAGAUCAUUGAGAGUGAAUGCCUAGACCCAUUUGACCAACCAGAGUGCGAGGCUUUUCAUGUGUUCGUGAAUGAACUCCUCUGCUUAGGAAGAGGAUGCCCCUACUCGUGUGUUAAAACGGCCCCUCAUGCCUUUUCCUAUGCUUCAACCGGAACUGCCCGAGCUAUGUCUCAAGGGCAUGUUGAAGAAGACUGCAGUGUUCAAACUGCAGUUGGUCAGUGCCCGAGGAAUUGCAUACAUUACGUUACACCCUCGCAAAGAAUUAUCCUUGAGGAGCUACUAGACAGUGUCUUGGACAAGCCUUACGACUGUUCGGCCGAGGCAGAGUUGCUUUAUAAUCUCAUUGUCAAAGCUCGGUUUGAGAAUAAUCGUUAUCAGAAGCCAAAGAAACGACGAGCUGAAUCUUCAAGCAAACAUGUAGACUGGUUCUAAUCUUUAAGUCUCUCUUUCUCAACGCAGAAUUUGAACCAAAUUCUACAAAGGGGCUUUCUAGUGGCAGUUUUGGUUGGAAGUUGAACCUCUGGCCAUAUAUGUUUGAUUUUUUUCUUGUUUGUUCCGUUUUUCUUCAUAUUGGUAAUUCACAAAGUUCCUUC